AUGCUGGCAGUAAAAACUAAUUCGUGCGAAUAUCUGUUUAUUGAUAUCUAUCUAUCCAUCUAUCUAUCUAUUCUCAUUGUUCAUAUCUAUCUAUCUAUCUAUCUAUCUAUCUAUCUAUCUAUUCUCAUUCUGUUCAUAUCUAUCUAUCUAUCUAUCUAUCUAUCUAUCUAUCUAUUCUCGCUCUGUUCUGUUUAUAUCUAUCUAUCUAUCUAUCUAUCUAUCUAUCUAUCUGUCAUCUAUCGAUUUAUCUAUCUUCUCUUUCUGUCUAAUCAUAUCUAUCUAUCUAUCUAUCUAUCUAUCUUCUCUUUCUGUCUAAUAUCUAUCUAUCUAUCUAUCUAUCUAUCUAUCUAUCUAUCUUCUCUUUCUAUCUAUCUAUCUAUCUAUCUAUCUAUCUAUCUAUGUCUGUCAGUUAUAAUCUAUGCUAACUACCUCUUUCUUUCCUUUUUAUCUCUCUAUAUCUCCUGUUCACACUAUUUCCUCUUAUUCUCUCUUUUGCUACCAAACAGGCGGUUCAGGAAAGCGACCCCGAUUCGCCACCACAACUUUCUCCCACCAGGACGCCAUUAUCAUCCCAAGCACCAGCAGUUCGUCGUAGGAGUUCCAUGGCUUCCAGUAAUUACUACUGUAAAUUUAAAACGUAAAAUACACAUCUAUCUAUCUAUCUAUCUAUUUGUGAGGGCCGGCUGCAAAGUUAUCUGCACGAUCCAAUUCUAUCUAUUUAUCUAUCUAUCUAUCUAUCUAUCUAUCUGCGAGGGCCGGCUGCAAAGUUAUCUGCACGAUCCAAUUCUAUCUAUCUAUCUAUCUAUCUAUCUAUCUAUCUAUCUAUUUGUGAGGGCCGGCUGCAAAGUUAUCUGCACGAUCCAAUUCUAUCUAUUUAUUUAUCUAUCUAUCUAUCUGCGAGGGCCGGCUGCAAAGUUAUCUGCACGAUCCAAUUCUAUCUAUCUAUCUAUCUAUCUAUCUAUCUAUCUAUUUGUGAGGGCCGGCUGCAAAGUUGUCUGCACGAUCCAAUUCUAUCUAUUUAUCUAUCUAUCUAUCUAUCUAUCUAUCUAUCUAUCUAUCUAUCUAUCUAUUUGUGAGGGGGCUGCAAAGUUGUCUGCACGAUCCAAUUCUAUCUAUUUAUCUAUCUAUCUAUCUAUCUAUCUAUCUAUCUAUCUAUCUAUCUAUCUAUCUAUCUAUCUGCGAGGGCCGGCUGCAAAGUUAUCUGCACGAUCCAAUUCUAUCUAUCUAUCUAUUCAUCUAUAUCUAUCUAUUUGUGAGGGCCGGCUGCAAAGUUAUCUGCACGAUCCAAUUCUAUCUAUUUAUCUAUCUAUCUAUCUAUCUAUCUAUCUGCGAGGGGCCGGCUGCAAAGUUAUCUGCACGAUCCAAUUCUAUCUAUCUAUAUCAUUCAUCUAUCUAUCUAUUUGUGAGGGCUGGCUGCAAAGUUAUCUGCACGAUCCAAUUCUAUCUAUUUAUUUUAUCUAUCUAUCUAUUCGAGGCCGGGCUGCAAAGUUAUCUGCACGAUCCAAUUCUAUCUAUCUAUCAUUAUCUAUCUAUCUAUUUGUGAGGGCCGGCUGCAAAGUUGUCUGCACGAUCCAAUUCUAUCUAUUUAUCUAUCUAUCUAUCUAUCUAUCUAUCUGCGAGGGCUGGCUGCAAAGUUAUCUGCACGAUCCAAUUCUAUCUAUCUAUCUAUCUAUCUAUCUAUCUAUCUAUCUAUCUAUUUGGCCGGCUGCAAAGUUAUCUGCACGAUCCAAUUCUAUCUAUCUAUCUAUCUAUCUAUCUAUCUAUCUAUCUAUUUGUGAGGGCCGGCUGCAAAGUUAUCUGCACGAUCCAAUUCUAUCUAUCUAUCUAUCUAUCUAUCUAUCUAUCUAUAUGAGGGCCGGCUGCAAAGUUAUCUGCACGAUCCAAUUCUAUUCAUCUAUCUAUCUAUCUAUCUAUCUAUCUAUCUAUUUGGCCGGCUGCAAAGUUAUCUGCACGAUCCAAUUCUAUCUAUCUAUCUAUCUAUCUAUCUAUCUAUCUAUCUAUCUAUGGCUUUGUUUCAGACACAUUUUAUUGAUUAUUUCCUUCCUUCUUUUCUUCUUCUUCUUUUCUUUCUUCUUCUUUUCGAAUUUUUUUUUUUUCUUUUCAUCCUUUUCUUUUUUUUUUUUUCUUUUCUUUAUCAACCGCUUUCUUUUCUUUCUUUUUUCUUUCUUUCUUUUUUCUUUUCUUUUCUUUCUUCUUUUUCUUUUCUUGUUUUGA